AUGGCCAAAGCAGAACGCGAGACCCGCAAAGCUGAGCAGGCUCGCAUCGAUAUGGAGCGACGGCGGCUCCAUCGUGAGUACAAGAUGCGAGAGACAGAACGGGCUUCCAUGAAAAAGGCUGACCAAGAGAGCCGUGUGGUUGAGGCUGCCAUCGCGCUUUCAGAAGAACGCCAACGCGAAGAAUUUGAGGCCGAACUCAUGGAACGAGCUGAGGACGAAGUGCAUGAAUUCUUGCAAGAGGAGAAGCGCAGAGAAGCAGAUGAGCGGCGAAGGAUGGCGGCCGAUGAGGCUGAGUUCUUCCGACGGCAGGAGGAGGAGAAGAAACGGAGGGCCGAAGAGGAGCGCAAGCAAAAGCUCGUCCGGGAAUGGCGGAGGAAACAGCAAGCUAGGAGAGCAUUGGACUCAGAUGAGGAGCAAUUGGAGCCAGAGGAAGAUGAGGAGGACAAGGCUCCAAAAGAGGAGGUACAAACGAAGCAAAAGGACAAAGAAGAAGAGCAACCUCCUCCAAAGGCUGGAGCUCGAAAUCCAUUUGGACCUGUCACACCCAGGCAAGCUCCAGAGAAGACGAACUCGAAGGAGGACAAGGACAAGGAGAACGAUCUUGCGCGGGAAAGCAAGCGGGCCCGCAAAGAGGAGAAACGCAGGCUGAAGGAGGAAGAGGCUGCAAAAAGGCGAAAGCGGGAGAAGGAGGAAGCGGAAGCUGAAUUGCAGCGCUUUGAGCAGGAGCUGCAGCGCCGCAACAACUUCCUGCUGCGGCGGCGUCAGCAAGAGGAGGAUGAUCAGCGCAAAGAGGUUGAGGCGCAGCUGCAAGCUGCAAGAGAGGAGGAAGAACGCAAGCAAAGAAAGGUGGAGAUAGCGCGCAUGGUUCGAGAAGACAAACUACGGAUGAAGUUUGAAGUGGAGGAGAGGAAGCAAGAAGCAGAGAAGCGAAAACGCGAGGAAGCUGAAAGAAGAAAGCAGGACCGAGCAGAGCGACGACGGAAGGAAGAGGAGCAGGAAAAACAUGAGAGGGAAGAGCAGCUAAAAGCUUCAGCACGCUGCAUGCGCCCUGAGGAGACUGCGAGGCUUUUGCAAGCAAAAGAGCAGGAAAUUGCGCGAAUACAGGCGGAGCUUGCCAAGAAGAGGAAAGAGGAGGCGAUCAAGCGGCAACAGGAGGAGCGGAUGAAAGGUGGCAGAAGCAGGUCGAAGUCAUCAUCUCCUGCGACAUCUGCAAGCAGGUGUCAAGAGAAGUCAAGCAGCAGCCCAUCCGCUGCCCGGAAGCGCCGCCGAGUGUCGAAGCGGCGCAAGGGUCGAUCUCCUAGUCGAUCCCGACGAAAUGAGAAGCGAAGAAAGCAUCGCAAUCGUAGCAGAAGUUCCAGCUCAAGUGGCAGACGAAGAAAACAUUUGUGCAGACUUCUUUGCUGA